UCCACUUUUUUUAUUAAAAACAAAACAAAAAUACUACUAUUACUAUUUCAUUAUUCUUGUUAUUGUGUUCAACGCAAUAAAUAUACAUACAUGAUUGAGAGAUUGAGGAAUUUGGGAAUGAUUUGAAGGUGGCGAAUUCAAGCAAAAGUGGGGGCGAAAUUAGGGAGGAUUUAUUUGACGAUGGAAUGAUUAACAAUGCGUUGGAUUCCCUGUUGAUAUCUCCUGGCUUUAGCAGAGAGACAGAGAUGUCAGCCAUGGUCUCUGCCCUCUCUCACGUCGUAGCCGGCGGCAGCAGCACGCCUGACGCCGGCAGUCCAUGCAAGAGGGCACGUGACGAUGCCGAGCCCUCCGAAUCUCUCGCUAGAUUUUGCAGAGGAUAUACUGAUUUUUCUCUCCCAACUUCCAAUUUAGUGUCAUCGGGCACAGCAGCAGCAAUCUACAGCUACAGUCCGACGAAUAGAAAUCCACGGGAAAAUGCAUCCUCGUCGACAAGAAGAUACAGAGGCGUGCGGCAGCGGCCGUGGGGGAAAUGGGCGGCCGAGAUCCGGGACCCGUUCAAGGCAGCCCGGGUCUGGCUCGGCACCUUCGACUCGGCCGAGGACGCAGCCCGGGCCUACGACGAGGCCGCGCUCCACUUCCGGGGAAGCAAGGCGAAGCUCAACUUCCCCGAAAACGUCAGCCUCGUCCACGCCGAGCCGCCGCCGAGGAUCGCCGCCGUGUCGACUGCGGCCGACGCCAUUGUUCACCAGUUUGCAGGGCAGAGUCAGAAUGUGAGCCUUGGUGGUGGAUCAGCGGCAUUUUCCGGUGGAUUUCAGUCAAGCCAGAGCAGCGGUGGUGGCGUGCCUGACUUUUCUUGAGAUUCCGGCAACCGGUCUUCGUCUGGUUGAGAUAUUUUUGGGGUUUUAUUGUAUUCCUUUUUGGUUUUGUUCUAGCCAGUGAGAUUGCAAUUACGACAAGAAGAUUUCUUCAUAAUAAUUCUGUCCAUUUCUUGUAACGAAGGUGAUCUACUUUUUUUUUUUUUUUUGUAUCAAUAGAGAUGACAAAUUUCAGAAAUGGAAACAACCUCUUUUUUAUA